GCUUCUAGAACUCUUGUGUAAGUGAAGUUAUGUAACUAAACUAGAAGUUAAGUAACUAAGCAUUUGUCUGUACAACAUACGCUUCCUAUUUCACUUUACUUCGUUUUUUUAGGCAAUCGGUUUGCCUGCUUCUUUAAGUAUGACUAAUUAGAUUUUACAGUGUGUAAUCUCACAGUUUGAGCACACAGUGAGGGCGCUGUGACCUCACAUUGUGACCACAUCAAGAGUGUCCUGGGAGCUCACGGUGAGAUCGAAUUGUUGACUGGUUUUUCAUUACUCAACUGUAAAGUGAUCUUACAGUAGAAGAAGAGCAUUAGAGAAAAAAUAGCAAAGAAUUUAAUAACUCUGUAUGCAACACAAUACAGUAUACUGUCAAUUACUGUACAGUAAAAAAUAAAGAUAUAAAUUCAGCACCCUUUGCACCUUCAGCUGAAUUUCAUUACAGCAUAGAGUACUAUAGCAGUUUCUUGGUCUUCUGACAAAGACUUUCUCUACCUCCCUAAGACAGUCUUACAUGCUCACAGUAAUGUCUGUGAACGUAUUGGCAGUAGUAAGUCUCUGUACUUGCUCUGCAGCAGCAGCAGCGUAGCAGAUCUAUUCAGCCAAGAGCAAAUACAUCACUGUCAUACCCAUUAUCAUGCCAAUCCCUCUGAAAACAGGCGAAAUGUGUUAAACAGUUUGAUAUGUGUCUUUGUUUUGAGAAAUGAAUAAUUGGUUUGGGAAACUGUGCCAAAGGAAUCAGUUAUAGUGUGUUAGCAAUCAAGAGGAACUGUAAAAGAAAAAAAAAAAAAAAAAAGUAAAAAAAAAAAAUCUAGCUUCAUGCAUACUAUUUUUUUUUUUUUUUUUUUAAUCAAUGCUUGAAUAUGGGUAAGUUUCAUAAAACGGCAACAUUUGAAACAAAAAUUUGAGAAAAUCAUGUUUUUUGCCAAAGACUUGGAUGGGAUUCAGAAAGAUGAUCAGAACACAGAUGGAGCAGAUCGAGUCCAUCAACACUCUCAAAGCUUCAGUCGUUUCCUCUUCAUGGGUUCAACAUUUCAUUCAAUAACGUUAGGCAGUUUUGAUUUAUAUGCUGUUUAAUGUUUGAUCACAUUACUUUACAUGUGCAUACGAAAUGCUUCUUUCACUUGUUUCUGCUGCUUCUUCAUGAACUAUUCGUUCAGUUUGAAUGAAUCUUUAGUAUGAUUCGGGAACAUCGAGUUGUCUCAUCGAGGGGUUCGUUCAUUUUGGGUUGACUGCGCAUGCCCAACAUCCUACAGCUUCUGUACAGGAAACAGAAUUGAUUAGUUCGAGUCGUUCGUUCUUUUGUCACGUGACGCGACAGCCAUACUUGAUACAGAAAUCAGUUAAUAAUCAGUUAAUGAUAAACUUCCUUACAAACACGGGUAGGUGUUUUUUUUUUUUUUUUUUUUUUUUUUUUUUUAAACUCUUACAGUUAUGCGAUGCGUUUCUGGUCUCUCAUUGUAGCUUUUUAUUUCUUACAAUUUAUACAUUUGUGAAUUUCUGUCAUGAUGGUAAAUGUGGUAAUAAAGAGUUGGUUACUUUAAACUUUAUCCUUAUUAUGGGGAAAAUCACUUUGAUACAGCAAAGAUACCUGCAUAUAAUAACAACAUACAGUUGUAAUACUAAUGUAAUGUUGUUUGUUGUAAGAUACUGAGAUGGGAAGCGAUCAUGUGACAAAAGAACGAAAGACUCAAACCUGAAGACUCGGUUUCUGUUUGUCAUAAUUUGGCCUUGGUAGCAUAGUUUCUUUAUCAAAAUAUGAUCAACAUCGCAUAAGUAGUUGUUUUUGGCUAUAAACAUUUUAACUAUAUUAUGCUGAAAUGACUUGAAAAAAUAUUUGUUCAUUUUGAUAAACGAGAUUCAAAGAUCAGUAAAAUGAUCUGAACUUUUCAUUACUAGUAUUUUGAUCCGGAGAUUGUGUACUUUUUCGGAAGAUACAUAACAGCACCCCCUGCUGUAUAACAGUGAAAAUAUAGAUUGAUAGAAAAUUCUAUCAAUGGCAAGAAAAGAGUUAAGUGUCCCCAACUAAGCAGGCCAUAGUGUCAAGGAAACCAAACUCCAUCAGUUCUCUUCAGUUCUCUUCUGGCCAACAAACAAACAAGGUGUGGUUUCACAAGUUCGCCUGCCCAUUCAGUCUUAAUGGUUAAUGGUAAAACUAACUUAGCUUGCUGUCCUCGAAGGAGGCUUGAACCUGAGGCUCGGCUUGAGCUUUGAGCUAAACCCCCUUAUAACAGAACUGUGCAGAGGGAGAAUAAGAGAACUGUCGCUUGGAUGACGCAGUGACUGCUGCUUAUAUACCCUCGUAAUGAUGAUUGACAGGACUGAAUGUUUAGGCUCCUACGUUUGGAACUACAUUUAAUUCAAUUUAAUCCUUUCCAAACUCCACACCAGUUGCACCAGUCACUGGUCUGAGAUGAAACUAGUGCUCAUAAAUCAGAGCUGCUUGUUGAAUGCGUGUUUUGAACUCAGGUUUGUGUGAGAGCCAGGCUCAGUCUGGAGGUUUGGAGGGCCGUGACCCGCUCAGGUCAAAGGUCAUGGCCGCGGUCAGCGAAUGAAAGGCCUGGAGCUCCUGGUAGGACAAAGAGAUCCCAUCAGAUACUGGCCUUCACUUGCUUUCCCAGCGGGCUUUGCAUAUGAAAGCCUGAGAGAGGAGCUUCAUGAGUCUCAGAAGCCACACAGCAGUCAGAACACAGGCGAACGCUCACAGAAGAGAUGAUCCAGCUUCUUUCAUCUCUUAACGACGUUUGUGCAGUUGUUUGUGCCGUUCGUAAAACCCCCCGCGGGACAGACUGACUCGUGUUGGAUCUGGACUGUCUGGACGUCACACUCAUGCGGUUCUCCAGCGGCUCUGGAUCUCCGUUCUGCUCUCUGCUCCUCAUGUGCUUCUGGCCCGCAGCUGCGGCCGGAUCCGCCGCUCCGGAUCAUCCCGGCGUCUGUCCGAAUCACAUCAACCUGAACCUGUGGGUGGACGCGCAGAGCACCUGUGAGAGGGAAUGCCAAACUGACCAGGAUUGCGCCGCCUUUGAGAAGUGCUGUACUAACGUGUGCGGCCUGCUGAGCUGUGUGGCAUCCCGUUUCUCUGACGGUGAUGACGGCCAGUCGGGGGCGGGUGUUCCGGCAGGAGGCGUGGCCAGCUGCGAUGAGUUCGUGUGCAGCCAGCAGGGGGCGGUGUGUGACGUGUGGGAGGGGCAGCCGGUAUGCAAAUGUCAGGACCGCUGCGAGAGCGAACCCAGCUUCACGUGUGCCUCCGACGGCCUCACGUAUUUCAACCGCUGCUACAUGGAUGCGGAGGCCUGCAUUCAGGGCGUCACGCUCAGCGUGGUCACCUGCCGUUAUCACCUGUCCGGCCCGAACGCCAGCCCCCUGCCGCAGGACACCACGGCUCAACCCACGUCCACCGCUGACGACAUCGAGCCCUUUCCACCCACCCUCUACUCCAACCCACAGCACCAGGUCAUUUACCUGGGCGGAACGGCCAGCUUUCACUGCGAUGUGAUUGGCCACCCGAAGCCCGACGUCACCUGGGAGAAGCAGUCUGAGGUGCAUGAGCAAAUCGUCAUGCGGCCGGACCAGAUGUAUGGGAAUGUUGUCAUAACCAACAUCGGCCAGCUCGUGGUGUAUAAUGCCCAGAUGUGGGACACUGGAAUCUACACCUGCAUCGCGCGGAACUCCGCUGGCGUGCUGCGAGCCGAUUACCCGCUUUCCAUCGUCAGACGUGACAAUGAGGACUUCUUCGACGACCCCGAGGCAGGCUUGCUGUUGGGACGCCCAUUCUCGCCGGCCGACUGCUUGGCGGCCGUGGAGCGGGGCGAGUGCGGCGAGAAGCGAGUAGACUGGUUCUACGACGCGGCCCGGGGCUCCUGCCACGCGUUUGCGCACGGAGGCUGUGAGGGCGGCCGCAAUCGUUUCGAGACAUAUGAGGAGUGCCGGGCGUCUUGUCAGCGUGAAGGGCUGGGUGUGUGCUCACUGCCGGCCGUUCAGGGACCCUGUAAACACUGGGAGGCUCGCUGGGCCUACAACAGCCUCAUGAAGCAGUGCAUGGCAUUCGUCUACGGUGGCUGCCAUGGAAACAAGAACAACUUCCGCACGCGUAAAGAAUGCGAAGCCAGCUGCCCGCAGCCAAAGCGGCGUCCGUGUAAAAACUGCCGGCCGAGAGGAAAGAUAGUGGCGAGUCUUUGUCGCAGUGACUUUGCCAUCGUCGGACGGCUCACCGAACUAAUUGAAGAGCUGGACUCGGGAAUCGCUCGAUUCCAUUUGCAGCAGGUCCUGCGUGAUGAGAAGAUGGGCCUGCAGCUCUUUAAUACGCAACACCUGGAGGUGCUGCUGAUGCGUAUGGACUGGAGCUGCCCCUGUCCCAAUAUCACACAGCACCACCAGCUCCCCCUGCUGGUCAUGGGCGAGGUGCAGGACGGCACGGCCGUGAUUCUCCCCGAUAGUUACGUCAGGCCCAUAUCUGAUCGACGCCUGAAGAAGAUCCACGAGGUUCUAGGCAAGAAGACUUGUGAGAUGCUGCAGAGAUUCCAGGACUGAUUUUACACGGAUCUGGAGGUUUAGCAUUAUCCGGAUUCAGUUGGAGGACACACACACUAUACAUGCAUAUAUAUAUUUAUGUGCUGCACUGUGAUCUUUAAGCUCAAGACUAGUUCUCACAUGAUGUUCCUCAUGUUCCUCAGAUCUGCCUUGCUGAUGAUACACAUGCAAACCAACAAAGUGUGCAGAGUUUCAUCUCUUUAUCUGUUGAUCUCAUUAUCAUUAAUGUGUCAGAUCUGAAUGGCGAAGGGGAUGAUUUUCAGAGAAUAGUGAAUACAUUUCAGUCUGUUCCUUACACAAAGGAAUAUAUGGUGACUGCAGAUAACUUGAAAAACAGUACACAAUUCAUAUGGACCACUGUUAUGAUACUUUCAUUGUGCUUAUAUAGGCUUUUUGGAGCUUGACACUCACAGUGACUGUUUCUCAUGAAUCUACCUUUGUUUUUCAUAGAAGAAAGAAAGUCUUACAGGUGAGUAAAUGAUGACACAACUUUUUUUUGAGUCAACGUUUCCUUAAAUAUCCCAACAGUAAAGUAUUGCUUUUUUUAAAAAAAUUUUGUUAACACUUUACAAUAAGGUUCAUUUGUUAAUAUUAAUGUUUUAACUAACAUGAACUAACCAUGUGCAAUACAUUUAUUACUGUAUUUGUUCAUCUUUGUUAACAUUAGUUAAUAAAAAUACAGUUCAUUGUUUGUUCAUGUUAGUUCAGUGCUCUUGAUUGUAAUAAGGUAUUAGUAAAUGUUGAAAUUAACAGUAAAAGAUUAAUGAAUGCUGUAGAAGUGUAGAAGUUAACUAAUGUUGUUAACUAAUGAAACCUUAUUGUAAAAUGUUUUUUUUCUGUUGCAUAUUUCUUAUAAUUAGUUUAUUUGAUUUCUAUAAUUAAUAAUUGUUUUAAACAAUAAUAAAAAAAUGUUAUUCUACAGAAAAAGUGACAGCCAAAAGAAAGUUUUUGUUUUUUCCCCACAAAACUUUUCAAUAAAAAUGUUUAAUAUAACUUCACUUUUGAAAGUUUGGCUCCUUUGUUACAAUGUCUGUGUAUUCCUUCAUUUUUAUUUGGCUUUAUACAAAAGCAUCUGCUAAAAUUAAAAAGUUACUGUACAAGAUAUUUUUAUAGAUACAACAUUUUUAUUUUUCAAAAUUAGGUUGCAACAGCAGCAUCAUUAUACUGAUCGGAUAAUAAUGAUCAGAUUCUCGGAGGCACAAAAAUUUUUGACGUUUGAAAAGGGAGUGUGGAGAAAAGUGACUCAAAAGCACUGCUCUGUUUCUGAGGGUAAACAUGGUCACUAUGCUUAACCAGUUAACAGGGAACGUUCUGGCAAUGUUGGCUCAAAGUUAUAAAUGACAUUCUUCCAAUAACACUAAAAGAACUUUUGUUUCUUGUCUUUAAUAAUGUUCUGAAAACAUUAGCACAAACACAUUAAUUUAUUUCUGAUAUGUCUGCUGCUUUUGACACAAGUAACCACCAGAUCCUCCUGUGAACCCUCAUGAUGAAGGGCAUCUCAGGAACCGCACUCCAGUGGUUCAAGUCUUACCUCUCAGGUAGGUCCUUCAGGGUGUCGUGGAGGGGUGAGGUGUCUAAGUCACAUCAUCUUGCUACUGGAGUGCCUCAGGGCUCAGUGCUUGGACCACUUCUCUUCUCCAUCAUCACUAGGACCUGUCAUUCAGGAACAUGGUUUUUCCUAUCACUGCAAUGCUGAUGACACGGUAGCUGCUUGCAUCUCAGCCUGCCUGACAGACAUUUCUUGCUGGAUGAAGAACCAACCUUGCAAAGACAGAACUGCUUGUGGUCUCAACACUUCAUCACAACUUUCUCCAUUCAGCUAGGUUUGUCAACCAUAACUCCAUCCAGGACAGCCAGGAACCUUGGAGUUGUGAUUGAUGAUCAGUUAAACUUCACAAUUUGCCUUACAACAUUAGCAGGAUCAGGCCGUUCCUAUCGGAGCAUUCCACACAACUCCUUGUCCAAGCUCUUGUUCUAUCCAGAGUGGACUAUUGUAAUGCUCUCUUGGCAGGCCUUCCAGCAUGCACUGUCAAGCCUCUACAACUGAUCCAGAAUGCUGCAGCAAGAGUGUUACACCUCUAUUCAUAAACUUGCACUGGUUGCCAAAUGCCACUCGCAUCAAAUUCAAGGCUUUAAUGUUUGCGUACAGAACAAGCACUGGCUCUCCACCACUAUACCUAAACUCACUGCUUCAGACCUAUGUGUCCUCCAGAAGCUUGCAUUCCUCAAGUGAACAGCAGCUUGUGGUGCCAUCGCAAAGAGGCACAAAGUCACUUUCACAGACCUUUACCUGAACUAUUCCCUGCUGGGGGAAUGACCUGCCUAACUCAACCAGAGUCAUUUUCAAGAAAUGCAUGAAAACGCAUCUUUUUCGUCAACACUUGACCCAUUAACACUAACGCUUACUAUACUAUAUAUCUAUUUUAAAAAAACCUUUGCUUUAUUAACUGGGACUAGUCACAGCCCUUACAUAUUGUUGCCCUGUUGUUGGUUUGAUUGCUUCUUUUGUUCUCAUUUGUAAGUCGGUUUGGAUAAAAUCAUCUGCUAAAAGAUUAAAUGUAAAGUUAAGUUGGACGUUUGUCUAACAUUUUUUAAAUGUUACUAUUUGUUUCAGAACGUUCAGAGAACAUUCACAAAUAAAGUUCCCAUAAUGUUUGAAGAAUCAUAAAAUGGAAUGUUCCUUAAUGUUUGCAUAGCCAAGAAUAACAUUUUCAGGGAACAUUCAGAAAUAAUGUUUUCAUAAUGGAAACAUUAGAAAAAAGUUCUUAAAACAUGUUUUGUUAAAUGGGCUUUCAUUGAAAACAUUUUUCACCUGCUUUUUUCCUCCAUUUUUCUAUUGCAGUCCUCUAUCUUUCUCUGUGUAAGUAUUAAGGUUUGUCUGGAUCUUUGAUGCACAACAUACAGUGGGGAAAAUAAUUAUUUGAUCCCCACUUACAAAGAAACAAAGGGUCUAUAAUUUUUAUGGUAGGUUUAUUUUAACGGAUAGAGACAGAAUAAAUAUUUGAUCCCCAAGCAAAACUUGGUGAAGAAACCCUUGUUGGCAAGCACAGAGGUACAGUAAGACAUUUCUUGUAGUUGGUCACCAGGUUUGCACACAUCUCAGUAGGGAUUUUGGUCCACCCCGCUUUACAGAUCCUCUCUAAAUCCUUAAGGUUUCUUGGCUGUCACUUGGCAACUUGAAGUUUCAGGAUUAAGGUCUGUAGACUGGCUAGGCCACUCCAUGACCUUAACGUGCUUCUUUUUGAGCCACUCAUUUGUUGCCUUGGCAGUAUUUUGGGUCAUUGUCAUGCUGGAAGACCCAUCCACGACCCAUCUUCUGGCAGAAGUAAGGAGGUUCUCAUCCAGAAUUUUAUGGUACAUGGACCCAGCCAUCGGUCCCUCAAUGCGCUGAAAUCGUCCUGUACCCAUAGCAGAGAAACAGCCCCAAAGCGUAAUGUUUCCACCUCCAUGCUUGACUGUGGGGAUGAUGUUUUUGGGGUAAUAGUCAGCAUUUCUCUCCCUCCAAACACAGCGAGUCGAGUUGAUGCCAAAAAGCUCAAUUUUGGUGUCAUGUGACCACAGCACUUUCUCCCAAGCCUUCUCUGAAUCAUUUAGAUGUUCAGACGGGCCUGUACAUGUGCCUUCUUGAGUUGGGGGACCUUGCGGGCACUGCAUGAUUUCAAUCCAUUGAGAUGUAGUGUGUUACCAAUGGUUUUCUUGGGGACUGGAGUCCCAAUUGCCUUGAGAUCAUAUACAAGCUCCUCCCGUGUAGUUCUGCACUGAUCCUUCACCUUUCUCAUGACCAUCCUUUCCUCAUAAGGAGAGAUCUUGCAUGAAGCUCCAGACCGAGGGCGAUUCAUGGUUAUUUUGUAUUUCUUCCAUUUCCGAAUAAUCGCACCAACAGUUGUCUCCUUCUCACCAAGCUUCUUGCUGAUGGUCUUGUAGCCCAUUCCAACCUUGUGCAGGUCUACAAUCUUGUCCCUGACGUCCUUUAACAACUCUUUGGUCUUGCCCAUGGUGGUGAUGUUGCAAUGAAAGAUACAGAUUCUGUGGACUGGUUUCUUUUAUACUCAUAAUGAGCUUAGGAGUAAUUUCUUAAAGUGACGAGACACUUGGGCACGUAACCAAUCUGUGGGAGCCUGAAUUCUUGCUGGCAGGGGAUCAGAUACUUAUUUGACUCACUGAAAUGCAAGUAAAUGUAUAACCUUUAUAUAAUGUGUUUUUUCUGGAUUUUUUGUUGAUAUUCUGUCUAUAUCCGUUAAAAUAAACCUACCAUAAAAAUGAUAGACCCUUAAUUUCUUUGUAAGUGGUCA